UUGUUUUUCUGUGUGUGACUAGACGUGAAGCAUCUUAAAAAAGUUUUAUUUCAAUUGCAUAUGAAAUUUCAUUUAUUACUACAAUACACUAAAUAGUAAUAAAUCAUGUAUUCGUAAUAAAAUUCAACUUUGUGGUUUAAAUCUUUUUUUGAAAUUAUUUUUCUUUUUGGAUUCCUAAUUUUGUGUGUGAUUUAAAUUAUAAUGGGAUCGUUACAACAAUCUGGACGGUUUAUUUCUUAUGGGAAUACUCCGCAACGAUCACAGACUCUACAGUCACAAGGGUUUCCGCCAAGUUUAAGUGGAAGCGAAACGGAUAUUUCCACAUCAAAUGAAAAUUUAUCACAUGAAGAGCGGUAUGUCAUCCGUCAUACAGCUCGUCAAGAACCACAAGGACAAGAAAAUUUAGUGCCUUCAAAUCGUAAUUCCUUGAAAGAAAGUCUUCCAUCAAACAGAAGUUCCUUAGAUGUAUCUUCUUCGUCUUACAAUACUCUUAUAAUUCACAGCGUUGGAGAAGAUUCUUGGACCGGAAGAAAUAGUUUAGAGGGGAAUGGAAAUGGUGUUCAAGAAAUUACUGAAAUUCCUGAUGACUAUUUAAAUCAAUCGCACGUUUUAAAGCAUCUUGCCAAAGAAGUUAAAGUGCCACUUUCAUCGAACGCAAACUCACCACUUCGUGAUAGUGGAGUUUCAGAAAACAUAGAUUUAGAUCGUUUGUCUGUUACACGUAAAGAUAGUAGUGGAAUUGAUUCUCGUUUAGAUUACGAUUUACCCAGCACACCAGAAUAUUCAAAGCGAAAAGAUAAAUCUUCAAUAAUAAAUCGCCAUCGUAUGAAAUUUGAAAAAUUAAGUUUAUCUAAAUCCCAACCAGAUUUAUCAAAACUCGGUAAGGAACAAUCAACAUAUCGUCGUGGCGCAUCGGCUCCACGUCCUAGAACUAAAGGAUGUGAAGAACAUGAAAAAUCGGAAAUAUGGCCAUCGGCUGAAAUGGUUGAAAUUCUUAUCCAAGAAAAUAGUUCAUUGAAAUUAGAAAUUGAUAAUUGUUACCAGAAGGUUGCUAAAGCUCAAAAACUUGAGCAAGAAAUUUCAAAUGUUCAUAGAUCACAUGAAGAAUUGGUUGCGUCAUGUGAACGGAGAGAAAGAUUGGAAAGAGCAGCUCGUGCUCGAUUACAAGGAGAAUGUCGACGAUUACAAGAGGUAAAUAGAUCUUUACGAGAGCAAACGGAUAUGAUGCAAGCUCAAUUAAUGGCUAUGCGAACAGUAUCAUUAGAUACGUCUGUGCCCGGAUCUGCUGACUCCCUACGCAAGGAACUUGGUAAACGCGAAAUACUCAUUGCGCAACUCAUUACGCAAAAUAAAGAAUUGGUUGCCGCGAAAGAACGACAAGAAAUUGAAUUAGCUGCCCAACGGGCUACGUUACAAGAACAACGUACUCACAUUGACAUAUUAGACAAUGCUUUAAUAAACGCUCAAGGAAAUGUUGUGCGUCUUGAAGAAGAAUGCCGUAAAAAACAAAUGUAUGUCGAAAGGGUAGCCCAACUUCAGCGAGCUUUGUCAUCGUUACAAUUAGCCAGUGAUCGUCGUGAACAAACUGAACGUAAAUUACGUUUACAAUUAGAACGAGAACUACGAAGUGAACGAUCACGGCCUGGCGAUGAAGGAUCCGGCCAUAAUUCUGGUGGAUCGAACAAUAACACAACUGGUGAAUCUUCAGCUGAGCUAAAACGACGUUUACGUGAACGAGAUGAAAAAAUAAUGCGACUUGAAGGUGAAUGUGCUAAAUGGGAACAAAGAUAUUUGGAAGAAAGUGCCUUACGACAAGCUGCCAUUGAUGCUGCUAGUAUUCCAAAAGAUGCGAAAAUUGCUGCUUUAGAAAAGACAAGUCAAGAUGCUGAAAAAUUAAUUGCAGAAGCACGAACUGAGAAAAUUCGACAUAUGGACGAAGUACAUGCAACGCAAAAGAAAGUUGCCGAUUUGGAAUCAAGGUUAAAGGAUUAUGAAUCAAAAUUAGCCGAAAAGGAUGCAAUGAUACGUGUUUUACAAAAGCAUACGUAUGAUAAGGAUGUAUCAAGUAGUUCAUCCUUUUCUAAUAUGCUUACGCGGUCUCCGCAUCAUACACCUCAUACAAGCCUACAUGGAGGUACUGAUCUAGACACUGUUCUAGGAACCUCAGUAUCCCGUGAAGAAUUAGUAAGCAGUGUUUUGACUGGUUCUACUGGCUUUGGAUCAAGUAAUUCGUAUGCUAGUAGUGAUUCAUCAUAUCAUAUGCCAUCGUAUUCAAAAUAUGGUGGAAAGAAAAGUUUUGAUUCCACAAAAAAGACAUUAGAUGAUCAAUUGAAAGAAUUGGAUAGUCAAUUGGAUUCACAGCUACUUAGUAAGCGGGGUCUUUGCUGUUUUCCAGGAUUCUCUAAUCCAAGCACUUCGCCGAGAAAAGGAAAAAUACCCAAGCCAUUAUUGGCGGGUGUAGUGGGAAGUACAGGGGGGCAGUUUGAAUCUGCAACUGGUUUUCUACAUGGUUUAGUUCCUGGCUCAUCAUCACGUCAUGAUGGAAAUGCAACCAGACCAGAGGAAAUGCUUCUUUUAGAAAAACAAGGGCGUAGCUCACAACAACAGCGUUGUAUGUCAGAACAAUCGAACACUCCCACAGAGCAAAGAUCUUCAUCAGCAUCUGCGGAAAGUGGAAGUCGUAAUCGUACUGAAAGUCUUCCACCAAGCUCUUUGCCACGGCCUCCACGAGCGGCUCAUCGUGGUACAUCGCAAAUACGUCGUUUGGGUGAAUAUGGACGUUUAAGCUCUGAGGAAAAUACUCGUAAAAAGUCUGAUGGUGGCGAUUCGCUAAGUAGUAAUGGAAGUUUAAGUAGUAAACGAAAAUCUCCGGCACGAUCAUUGAUACCAUCACCGAGAAAAUUAGGCGAAUAUGGACGUUUGAAUGAAAGUACUACAUCGUCAAGAAAAUCUAGUGCUAGAUCAUCAGACGGUAGCGUUACAAUGGGUGGUAAUCGAAAUUCAGCAUCCACAAUGAGCGAUAACUCGACUAGUUCCUUACCAACACCCUCGGAAUUAAAAAUGUAUGGAAGUACAUCCCUAAUACGUCGAGGAUCGUCGUUAGGUCGUGAUGGUAAAACUAAUGAAUCUUCAAAUCCGAAAUAUCGUAUUCAAUUUUGAUAAGCUAAAGAAUAUAAAGGGAUCCAUGGACGACGUUCUUUUUCAACAGUUUUAAUCAAAUAGAAUAAAACUGUAAUCGGUAAGUCCGUUUUUCAAUUUUAUUUUUCCAAUUAAAACUAUUGAAAAAGACCGACAAUUUUGGUAACCAUUUUAAAUGCCUAUAAAUUCUUAAAUCCGUGCCUUAUAAAUUUAGAAGUAACACUGUGAUUAUAUUUAAACUUAGUGAAAACGAUGAUAUUUUAUAUCUUGAGAUAUAUUUCUUAUCACGGAAUUUUCAAAUAUUUCUUUUUUGGUUGUAUAAUCUUAAAACAGAAUUACUACAAGUAUUCUAGUCAACAUUUUCAGCGUUUUUUCAGCAAAGAAACCUGGAAAGUUAAAUUUUUAAGUCGUGUAAAACCCACAAAACAAUCCUGACCAUUUUUGAUGAAUUUUCUGAUGCCACCGUCUUUAACAUGGAUAUAUAAUAUCUUGAAUUUCGAGUGGUUUUAACGACACUUUUUGAUUGCUUUGUACUACUCGUUAGUCUGUGUUUUUUAAUAGGUCAAUCCCUCUAUUUGGAAAACAACUUUUCAAAAAUUUGAAAAUUGAUGUCAGUUGAGGUGGCUAGCGACCAAAAUGAACCCUCUCAAGUCGAAGUAUGACUAAACAUUUACAAAAUAUCAAAAUUUUUUAUUAACUUGUCUGGCAGUAAGAAAUAAACAGGUAUAGGCCCAUUUCUAUUAUUAAUACAAAUUCAAAAAAAUAGCAUAAAUAGCACAUAAAAAGUUCUACUUUUUCAUACUAUUAUUAUACCCCACCCUCGUCGUUAUCGAGAACAAAAAUUUGUCAAUUUAAAAACUUCAAUUGCUUAUAACUAGAGAACGGAUAAAGAUACAGGGUUGAGUCUUGGCUCAAAAUACGUAUUUUUGAAAUAUCUCAACUUUCUAACUUUCCCAUUGAAUGUUAUCAGCAAAAAAAUUUUUCAAAAAACGCGUUAAAAAACAACUUUUCUGAGUUUUUUGUGCAACUUUUUUUGGAAUUUUGUUUUUGAUUUGUUUUGUUCGAUUUUGUUUUGAACAUUAAGAACUCAUCCCCCAUGGCCACGAAGAGUGACCAAAGAUUUUUUCCAAAUAGAGGGACUGAACUAUAACUUAUUCCAAGCUUUUUUUAGCACUUUAUUGAAGAAUCUAAUUUAAUUGAUAGAAACUCGUGCUCAUUUUAGGCAUAGUAAUAAAGAUAGGGUAGCUUUAAUCAAAAUAAUCUGUUUUAAGAUUAUUUUAUCAAAAAGUAUAUUUUGGAGAAAUAUUCUGUAACUAAUAAUAAAGGUUCCG